AUGUCGCUUGUGGGGAUUCCCAGAGCACCACCAACCUUCCUUCUGGGAAACUUUCCGGAUCUGGUACCCUCAAACCCCUGGCCGUCUUUCAAAAAGCUCCAGGAGAAGAACGGUGAAAUCUUCUACAUCAAGGUCCCAUUCAAGCCUCCCGUUGUCUUCGUUGCCAGCGCCGCCUUGCUCGGAGAGCUAUGCGACGAGAAGCGCUUCCGCAAGCAGGUCACGAAGCCUAUCCUUGAGAUCCGCGGGGCCGUACACGUCGCGCUCUUCACGGCCGGCUAUGAGGGCUGCGAGCAAAUGGAUUGGGGCAUCGCCCACAGGAUUAUCCGGCCCCAGCUUACGCCUCAGGUCAUCGCCGAGAGCUUCGGUGAUUUCCUCAGCACCGCCGAUGAUCUGUUUGAUAUAUGGCGAAAGAAGGGCCCCGGUGCCGAGAUCUUCCCCAUCACCGAGCUUGACCGGCUCAACCUUGAGGCGACUACCCUGGCGCUCUUCGGCAAGAGGCUCGACUGCUUGGAGAGAUCCCACGAGAUGUUGGGGGCGAUGGCUACAGGAACUGGCGAGGCCACGCAGCGGCCAAACAGACCCUUGCCCUUUCAGAACUGGUGGACUAAAGGGGACUGGAAAAAGUCCAUCCAAGUCAUGAGGAAGUACGCCCAGGAUCUCGUCGACUACAGACGCAGCAACCCGACAGACCGGAAGGACCUCCUCGACGCCAUGAUGAACGGCACGGACCCGAAAUCCGGCGCGAAGCUGGACGACGAGCAGGUCGUGGACGAGAUCGUCUCGAUGCCCAUCGGCAGCAGCACCGCGCCGUGCGUCAUCGCCGCGGCCAUCUACUUCCUCCUCCGCAACAAGGAGGCCGUCGCCAAGGCCCGCGAGGAGAUCGACGCCGUCGUCGGCGACGACGAGCUGGCGUACGAGCACGUCGCGCAGCUCAAGUACGUCGAGGGAAUCAUCCGGGAGGCUCUGCGUCUCUCCUUCGCGGCGCCGGGCUUCAACAUCGAGCCGAUCCACGAGAAGGACCAGGACACGGGGCCCGUUCAGCUCGCCGGUGGCAAGUACCAGAUUCCCUACAACCAGGGCAUGAUCGUUCUCUUGGCGGGCGCGAACAGAGAUCCGGCGGUGUUCGAUAAGCCCAACGAGUUUAGGCCCGAGCGUAUGGUGGGCGAGAAGUAUGAGCAGCUGCCGUUGGGUGCUAGGAGGUACUAUGGCAACGGCAAGAGGGUGUGUGUUGGCAAAGAUUAUGCUUGGCUUUGGAAGAUGGUUGUGAUGACCAAGUUGAUCAAGGAGUUCGACUUCGAGGCUGUCGAUAAGAACUACGAGCUGGAACAAGAGGGCUGGUUCAACAUGAGGCCAAAGAAUUUCCGGGCCAAGAUCAAGCCGAGGACCGGCACGAAGGGCUACCCGGUGUAA